ACGUGAUCAGGACGUGUUUUGGUCAUAUGAUGUGGUGCACUUUUCUGGUUCAGCUUGAUUUACGCUACAGAGUUUAAGGAAACGCGAACAGACAGUGAUAUAAGCAGCAGAGAGAGGAUCUAAACAAAACAAAGAAGGAAAGAGAACCGAAUUCUUUGUGCAUUUUCAUUUGGACAGUCCUGUGUGCUGUUAACUGUUUUCAGGCACAAAGAUGGCGGAGUUGUUGAAGCAGUAUCAUGAUAGAAUACGCACUGAGCUGGACAGAGUUGUGGAUUUCUGGCUGAAAUACUCUCAUGACGAGCAAUAUGGUGGGUUCUUUACCUGCAUUGGGAAAGAUGGGAAGAUCUACGAUGAGCUGAAGUAUGUGUGGUUGCAGGGCAGACAGGUGUGGAUGUACUGCAGGCUGUACCGCACCGUGCCGAGGUUUCGUCGGCCAGACAUCCUUCAAGCUGCCAAAUUAGGAGGUGAGUUUCUCCAGAGAUUUGCACGAGUGCAGACGUCGGACGGUCCUGGAAAGUGUGCGUUCUGCCUGACGAGGGACGGCCGAGCUGUAAAGGUUCAGAGGACUAUCUUCAGCGAGUGUUUCUACGUCAUGGCUACGGAUGAACUCUCAAGAGUCACAGGAGACAAAGCCAUGCAGUCCGACGCAGAGAGCAUGAUGGAUCAGUUGGUGCACUGGGUUCGAGUUGACUCGUCAGGUCUCGGUCGUCCUCAGCUUCCUGGGGAUCAUCCUGUUAACAGUAUGGCGGUUCCCAUGAUGCUCUUGUGCCUCGUGGAUCAGCUGACGGAGGGCAGGGCAGAGCUUGCAGAGAAAUAUGCAGAGUUGGGUAACUGGUGUGUGUCUCAGAUCCUGCAGCAUGUACAGAGAGAUGGAAAGGCCAUUCUUGAAAACGUGUCUCCGGAGGGAACGGAGCUGCCAGGCUGUCAGGGACGGCUGCAGAACCCAGGUCAUGCCUUGGAGGCUGGCUGGUUCCUGCUGCAGUACGCAAAGGCACGUGGCGACACUGAGCUGCAGAAUGUGGCUGUGCAGAAGUUCAUGGAGGUUCCCUUCCUCACAGGCUGGGACAAAGAACAUGGAGGACUCUUUUACUUCCUAGACGCUGAUGGACGCUGUCCCACACAGCUGGAGUGGAAUAUGAAGCUAUGGUGGCCUCACUGUGAAGCUCUCAUCUCUUAUCUAAUGGCCUACGAUCACUUCCGAGAUUCUGCAAUGCUGCAGAGAUUCACGCAGGUCUACGACUACACCUUCACACACUUUCCUGACAAAGAGCACGGCGAGUGGUUCGGAUACCUGAGUCAGAAGGGGAAAGUGGUGCUGGAUUUUAAAGGGGGACCUUUCAAAGGGUUCUUCCAUGUUCCUCGAUGUCUCUACAUGUGUGAGAAGAUGCUGGAUCAUCUGCUGGCGACACUCGAGUCCUAAACGAGUCCACGAUCUGAUGGAUGACAUUUUAUGCAUUUUUUCCCCCAAACCACUGUAAUGUUCACACUCUAGCUCGAUACAGAGCUUACCUUUACUGUAUACUGUAAAAGUGCCAAUGUGAUAUGUAGUAAAGUGAACAUUCCAUGCACACACUAAACCCUGUUUAUGAGCCAGAGGGAGGCUUAAAUUUCAUACGUGAGUUGUUUCCAGGACAAAAAAAACUUGAAGCAUGUUUAAUCAAAACUAUUAACACUAAACUCAAUUUUUUUCAGCUGGACAUUGCAAUGCUUCCAGAAUGAACCUAGGUUAAACAUUUAGCAUUAACUAAAAGAAAAACUCUAACUUUUGGAUUCACAUCCAGAAAAUUCUCAGCAGUUCUGUGGCCUAAUGCUGGCCUUUUGUACAUUGUACUGAUGAUCCAGAUCAGAGGUGGCGGUUGUUCUUUCAGCUGCUCUGUAUUCGGGGUCACCACAGCGGAUCAUCUGGCUUUAUAGGUUUUAUGCCAAAUGCCCUUCCUGACACAACCCUCCCAUUUUAUCCAGGCUUGGCACUGGCACUGAGAGUUACCUAUUCAGUGGCUGGGUUAGCUCCCUGCCUGGGAAUCGAUCCUGGGCUACGGCCAUGCAAUCGCAGGAUCCUGCCGCUGGUCCACCAAAAGGCAAUAAUCCAAAUCAGAGGUAUUCAAGUAAAUUUAGUAAAUUUCCAAAUACAAGAUUUUCCUUGCUUAUAACCAGCUAAUAUGCCUGAAUGGUGGCGAUUAUUCCCAUUUAACGCGUAACCGCUGAUUAGCUUACAUCUUUGCCAUUUUGUUAAAUUGCUACUCAAACCAGAGAGACUAAAUAAAAAUCUCACAAGAUAUUUAGAAUUUGUUCAAUUUGUGCAUUAGAUUUUUAUUAAUUUUUGAAAGAGGAUCUGAUAAACAAGCCAUGCUGGUUUACUGAACCAUGGCCAAGUUUUCAUAAGUUAACUAAAGAACAUCAUAUUGUCCAAAUUCAGAUGGUUGGUCUGUCAAGUGUACAGAACCAGAUUGUUCUUAACUGGAACCUUAAAAGAAACCUCUUGCCUACUGUACUGUAUAUCCUGCCCACUUUGUACACAUCCCUUAGCAUGCAGUUUAUUGCACACAUUAAAAAUGAUUUAUUUCACUGUGGCAAGUUUAGCACGCCAAAUAAACGCAGCCCGGAAUUUCAUGCAAGUUUCUGGCCUAAAGGUAAUAACAUUUCUGCCCUCUUGAAGUCUAGAGAUUUAAAAAAAAAAAAGAUUUUAACCAGGUACCUUAAAGCUUUUUCCAAGUCUUGUGUUUUACCAAUAUAUUUAGUUGUUGUUUUCGAAUAGGUCUCAACUUCUCAAGGAAAAAAGUUUCAUAUUCAUGAAUUAAAGGACAUAUUUCACCACAGA